CCUCCUCCUUCUCCCCGCCUCCCACAAGAUGGCGGAGGGCGCUGCACGGGGUGGAGGUGGCGGGCGCGCGCCCCGGUGGGCUUGAGGGAGGCCGGCGCGCGGGCAGUCCGCGAGGCAGGAGGCAGAUUAGUUCUUUUGGAGGGUAAAGACUUAGAGAGGAAAAUGACGUCAAUUAUCAAGUUGACUACGCUGUCAGGGGUGCAGGAGGAAUCUGCCCUUUGCUAUCUGUUGCAAGUAGAUGAAUUUCGUUUUCUUUUGGACUGUGGCUGGGAUGAAAACUUUUCUAUGGAUAUUAUUGAUUCUCUGAGGAAACAUGUACACCAGGUUGAUGCUGUUCUGCUUUCUCAUCCUGACCCUCUACACCUUGGUGCUCUUCCAUAUGCAGUUGGAAAAAUGGGGUUGAAUUGUGCCAUUUAUGCAACUAUUCCUGUAUAUAAAAUGGGACAGAUGUUUAUGUACGAUCUCUACCAGUCUCGCCAUAAUACUGAAGAUUUCACCCUCUUUACAUUGGAUGAUGUAGACGCAGCCUUUGAUAAGAUACAACAGCUGAAGUUUUCUCAGAUUGUGAACUUGAAAGGCAAAGGACAUGGUUUGUCAAUCACACCAUUGCCAGCUGGCCACAUGAUAGGAGGCACAAUUUGGAAGAUUGUCAAGGAUGGAGAGGAAGAAAUUGUUUAUGCAGUUGAUUUCAACCACAAGAGGGAGAUCCAUCUGAAUGGAUGUUCCUUGGAAAUGUUGAGCAGGCCUUCAUUGCUUAUUACAGAUUCAUUUAAUGCUACUUAUGUACAACCCAGGAGGAAGCAAAGGGAUGAACAGCUGCUGACUAAUGUUUUGGAAACAUUACGAGGUGAUGGAAACGUAUUAAUAGCUGUGGAUACAGCAGGCAGAGUUCUGGAACUUGCUCAACUUCUUGAUCAGAUCUGGAGAACAAAAGAUGCAGGAUUAGGAGUCUACUCUCUAGCACUUCUGAAUAACGUCAGCUACAAUGUAGUGGAGUUCUCUAAAUCACAGGUUGAAUGGAUGAGUGACAAAUUGAUGAGGUGCUUUGAAGACAAGAGAAACAACCCUUUUCAGUUCCGCCAUCUCUCCUUAUGUCAUAGUCUGUCUGAUCUGGCUCGAGUGCCUAGUCCAAAAGUUGUUCUUGCCAGUCAGCCUGACUUAGAGUGUGGAUUUUCUAGAGAUCUUUUCAUUCAAUGGUGCCAGGAUUCCAAAAACUCUAUAAUUUUAACUUACCGCACUACACCUGGAACAUUAGCACGAUUCCUGAUUGAUAAUCCUUCUGAAAAAGUUAUAGAUAUUGAGUUGAGAAAACGUGUUAAAUUGGAAGGAAAAGAACUUGAAGAAUACCUGGAAAAGGAGAAACUAAAGAAAGAAGCAGCUAAGAAGUUAGAACAGUCUAAAGAGGCAGAUAUCGAUUCCAGUGAUGAGAGUGAUGCCGAAGAGGAUAUUGAUCAGCCAACUGUACAUAAGACCAAACAUGAUUUGAUGAUGAAAGGUGAAGGUAGCCGGAAAGGAAGCUUCUUCAAACAGGCAAAGAAAUCUUAUCCAAUGUUUCCAGCCCCUGAAGAAAGAAUUAAAUGGGAUGAAUAUGGCGAGAUUAUCAAACCCGAGGAUUUUCUAGUUCCAGAACUGCAAGCAACAGAGGAAGAAAAAAGCAAAUUAGAAUCUGGUUUGACAAAUGGAGAAGAGCCUAUGGACCAGGAUCUAUCAGAUGUUCCUACCAAAUGUAUUUCUGCAACAGAAUCCAUGGAAAUUAAGGCCAGAGUUACAUACAUUGACUAUGAAGGACGCUCAGAUGGGGACUCAAUUAAAAAAAUUAUUAACCAAAUGAAACCAAGACAACUAAUUAUUGUCCAUGGACCACCUGAGGCCAGUCAGGACCUUGCAGAAUGUUGCAGAGCUUUUGGUGGAAAAGAUAUUAAAGUUUACAUGCCGAAACUGCAUGAAACUGUAGAUGCAACCAGCGAAACUCACAUUUACCAGGUCAGGUUAAAAGAUUCUCUUGUCAGCUCCCUUCAGUUCUGUAAAGCCAAGGAUGCUGAGUUGGCUUGGAUAGAUGGUGUUCUGGACAUGCGGGUUUCGAAAGUGGAUACUGGAGUUAUUUUGGAAGAGGGGGAGUUGAGGGAAGAGGAAGACUUAGAGAUGCAAGUGGAUAUGCCUUCUUCGGACUCUAGUGUCAUUGCACAACAGAAGGCCAUGAAAAGUCUCUUCGGUGAUGAUGACAAGGAGAUGUGUGAGGAGAGCGAGAUCAUUCCUACUUUGGAACCUCUGCCACCUCAUGAGGUUCUUGGACAUCAGUCUGUGUUUAUGAAUGAGCCAAGACUCUCUGACUUCAAGCAAGUUCUCUUGCGAGAAGGUAUACAAGCUGAAUUUGUAGGAGGAGUGCUUGUGUGCAACAAUCUGGUGGCUGUUCGCAGGACUGAAACAGGGCGCAUUGGAUUGGAAGGCUGUCUCUGUCAGGACUUCUAUAGGAUAAGAGACCUUUUAUACGAGCAAUACGCUAUUGUCUAAGGAAAGUGCUUGCAAAGAUAUUUUUACUUGGACUUUUAAAGACAAUGGAGAUUUCUCCCAGUUUUGACUUUUUGUAGUUUUCUAAUUUAUACAGGGGAAACCUGAUUCAUAAAGAACAGUUAACUACCCUGAACAUGUAAAUAACUGCUACUGUCGUUCUUCAUAAAUCUGUUGGUACAUUCCAUGUUGUUGACUUUCAAACUGUUAUGACUGCCCUCUCCCACAUACCACAUUAUAAAUGAGUUUAUGACUAUGAACCCUUCUCAGGAAAGGUUCAAUUUGUCAGGACAUGUUUUGGUUUCAUAGAUUCCCUGCCAAAGAGUACAAAAGAUGCAAAAGUCAUUCUUCUGUUCUAAAAUGAGAUUAGAUAGGGAACUCUGGGUUUGCUUGGUUUUGUUCUUUUUGGGGUUUGUGUGGUGGUUUUUGUUGUUUUGUUGUUAGGUUGGAUUUUUUUUUAUGGAGGUUAGUAAAAGUUUUAAUAGUCCACUUAAAGCUACACUACCUAAACUUUCUCCAAGUGUUAAUCCGGCUGCAUCUUCAUGUUAUACCUGCUGCAUCUUACUAAUUUGUUUCAGAACAGCAUUUCAUAUUCUAUAUAAAGUAUUAAUCUGCAGGAUCAAAAAAUUACUUUGGAAAGGUACUCUAAGAAGACUGGAUAAUAUUAUCAGGCAGUUUAAAAUCCGGUAAUUGUGUGCUUCAGAAUAACUUCUGUACAAACUUACAGAAUUUGUAACUUCUAGCUUUAGCAAAAUUAUGCCAACUAUAAAAUGUUUUCUGAGUUCUGAUUUUAAUACUUUGAAAGUCUAAAGCUUUUAUCCAUGCACUGCUGUUUGUUUAGAGUGCCGUGAGCCAAGUUCGGAAAGAUCCUUUAUCUUGACAUCUGAGUUCAUGUGAUGUAUUUAAUGCUUUUGUGCCAUGUUUCAUUCUAGUUGACAGUGGGACUUAGUGUAGCUGCUGAUGCUAGGAAUUCACCUUACUUUUUAGGUGAAAAUGAGCACAGUUUUGGGCGCUUCAAUUGCUCAGAAGUUAAUUUAUGCAAACAAAUGGCCUCUCGAGAGUUUAUUCCUUUUUUUCCCUGUCCACAUGUGAACCACCAGCUUUGGCAAUAGAGGGUUGCUUGCUUGUUUUUACAUACGACAGCAAUGUAAUAUGUGCUCUCUGUAUGUAUGAUUAAAUAAAGCCUUUUGAACAAGUGGCAAAAAAAUAGCCCUGUGGGCUAUCAAUGGAAAGAUAAUUUACUUUGCAAUUCAUUCUUGACAAAUAGUUUUCUAUCUGAUCUACAGUCUAUUUAUUCUGUUUAAAAUAGUGACUUAAAACUGAAGACCAUUUUAAAAAAAACAACCACAACCUCUCCCCCCAAAAAAAACCUGCUAGAAUUACAUAUUAAAAUGUAAAAAAAAAGAAUCUUGAAAAUUUCAUGCUUUGUGAGAAUGUAUUUUGUUACACAAAGAAAAUCUUGGCAAGGAAUGACUCAAAGCUUUUUAGUUUUUUUAACAGUCUAGAAAAAUGUUUAUUUUCCAUUAUAUUGAUAGCCAGAACUUCAGAGGAAUGCUCAGUUUUUGUAGGUGUUUUGUGGCAAUGCUAUGUAAAUCUACAUGAUACUGGAUGCUUGUUGGUGAAUACUAUCGUAUUACUAUUGUUGCUGAUGCUAACAAACUUUUAUAAAGUGAGUUACUUUGUACAUAGUCGUAUUUGCCUUAGGACUUUUAACUUGAGGGCUUAGGGUGGGCAGAAAUCACACGUGUGUGCAUGGAAUAUACCAAUAAAGAAAAAAACCCUUAGGAAAUGAAACUAAAAGUAGUGCUGUUCUUAAAGAGAUAAAGAAAAGACAGUGUGAUCAUAAACCUUUCUAUCAGUUUUGUUUGGGUUUUUUAAGCUGUUUAUUCAAAUUCAUCAAAGUUUAACAAAAGUUUAGUGUUAUCAGUCACUAAAUUCCUGUGUGUUCUGAUAAAGAGGAGAACCCCAAGUUAAUGCCGUCAUUAAGGAAAAGGCUCAAGUAUGAGCAGAGCAGCUAACUGUUCUUUUUUAGUCUAUGUAGCAUGAGUGUGGCUUGACAUCAGACCUAGACAGCUGUUAUGCAAGGCACUAGGAGUCAUCUGAGUGCUGGGACUGGGGAAAGCUGGAUUUGUGGAUGAUUCUGGUGGUGAGAGGGAUGAACUGGAAUACAGGACAUCUGUAGUAAACAUGUCAGAGGCUGCAGCUGCACUGUGGGGCAGGUGUGCCCCUUGGCUAUGCAUUCAUUGCUUGUAAGCAGUGCGGAACUGAAGCAAAUUCCCAUGAAUUUUGCCUAGUCUGCUGUUAGUUCUCUUAUUCUUCUUCUUUUCUUUUUCUUUUUUUUUUUUUUUUUUUUGUUCUUAACUCUGAUUCUCUUUAAACAAUAAUUUAUUUUCUCUGUGUAACUUUCAGAGUUACCAAUCUGGUUCUUGUUUGUAUCUGAAAUGAUGGAGUUGUUUCCCCUUACCUCCACAAAGUGUCAGUGCUGCCAUGGACUGUCAGCUGUAUUUUCUGACUUCUGCAUUUUCUUCAUUAGCAGUAAAAAUUUCAUAAGGAGUACAAUUUCUUGUCCUCUGUUGCUCUUGAGGGCAAGAAUAUUAACUUCAAAUCAAACCCAGUUUGGGUACUUACAAUUUAAAAAUAUUUCCUUCCAAGGGUCUUGGAUAAUUCAGAUUCCUCAGCUAGGAAGAGCCAGGGGGGUUUGAAGACACAGAAAAGGCAGAAACUUGCCUUCCCCCAUCCCCAAAGUCUGUGGUAUUUGUGGGUAAAUUUGUGGAUAGGUUUUGUAUUCUCUUCUUUAUGUGCCUAUGUAGUAGAAUAUGAAGACGUAUUUCCAAAGAUUAAGGGAAUGUAGAAGCAGAACUCUUUAAUAAUAAAAAAUAAUUCUGUAAUUAAUUGUUAAACUGUUCCCAUUGUCUAAACAUAGCUUUACCCUGAAUUUAAAUAACUUUAUGUGGAUGACAGUCUCGUUUUUAAUCAUUUUACUUUGACAGUAUGUACUGGACAUGAGGUGAAGUUGAAAAUCUUUCUUCUCCUUUCCUGAACAAUAUUUAGACUUAGCCAGAUCCACAUCUCAAAAAUAUGCUGUUAAUGGAAAGGUGGUAUGCCGUGCAUUCAGUCAGAGUAACAGUCUCACGAGAGCAUUUGAGAUCUUACUUGCUGGUAAAACUUGCUUGGAAAGGUAGGAAUUCUCCUAUGUCUGUACUAGCUUUUAAUUGCAGUCAAACAAUAUUCAUUUGGAAUAAACAAGCAAAAAGACACCCUAUCAACAAUCUCCCCCAACCUAAAUAAUUGUUACAGAUGAUUGUACCCUAAAAUACUUACGUAGUGCAGAAUCAAGAUUUCUUUGAUAAAGCAUGACAUGUAUUAAUAUUUCAGUUAGGAAAGAAGAGUCUAUUGCCUGGGGAAAACACUUAAACCACUAAAUUCUUUUGCGAUUUUGGGAAAAGAAGUCUUACUGUAAGGAUCUGAACACUGCACAAUAUUCUGUUUCAUGGCUUUUACAGAUUUUUUUUUCAUAGUUUUAAAAAGGUAGUGCUGGGAAAGAUGAUCUUGCGGUCAAAUCUGAUAAAGAAAUGUAUCCAGUAAACAGAAUUUUAGGUCCUGAUCUGAAAACUGUAUACAGAACUGAUGAUAGUUCAAAAUAGGAUAAUGAAACCGUAUCAAAAGAAUCUUUAAAAUUGCCUGUUGGAAUUUACAUUUAAAAAUACUUUAAACAGUCUUAAGUCUUAUGUUCUCUGAGACUUUUUCUGAUUGGAAAAGAUAAUAUGACACGAAGAUCAAAAUUUGCAUCACUAGGUUUUAUUUUGUAAAUGGGAGUCCUUUGUGUGGCUUGUUUCUUGCACAUCCAGAACAGAGUAGUUAGCCAAAGUUGAUGUGAGCGGUAUUCAUCUUAAUACUUUUAUUCCUUCCGGAGAAGUUAAAAGCUAAGCUUCCAUUAUAACAACACAAGCUUUUGUAGAAAAUCACCUUCCAUGAACAUUUCAUUGAAUGUUUUGGAUGAUCUAAAAUUGCAUGAUAAGCAGUAUAUGUUGUGAACUGUUAGUGUACAUCAUACUGCUUGACUAGUAUAAACCAAGGGAUGUAAGAGUGCCUUGUUUCAGAUCAAUCUAAAUUAAUUACAUUAGUAAAAUUCUUAAUUCCUUGUCCUAAAAGGUGUCUUAGCGUUUCUGGCAGAGAAAUUAUGAAGAGUGUUUGCAGUUCAGUGGUAAGUGAACUGAUCUCUCCUUUCAGCUCAGUAACGCUUGCUCACAAUGGUAGAAGAGGAAUAUACAAGUACCAUUUAUAAUAUCUAUUAAUUGACAAAUAUGUUUUCUUAUGCCUCGUGAGAGUGUGGAAGCUUGAUAAAUAUGGGAGAUACAAAGAUAUAGGAGAACUAGAUUGUUGCAUGCAGUGCACUUUAAACUUUAGUCCCCUUUAUAGGUUAUGUAUUACCACUGUGAUAGGAAGUAAACAAAGAAAAAAGACUGCAUUUUUGAGUAGAACUUCCAAUAAGCCAUGUAGCUGUUUUCCUGGAAAAGAAGGAUGCAUAGAAACUCAAAACGUUAUGAAGAAGCAAGUUUGGUAUAUGAGCUUUAAGCUGUAAUAACCUGCCUGUUGCACCUCUUAGGUGAUGCAAGCUGGAUCUGUGGUUCAACAGCUGAAUGAUAGUGAGCUAAGUAUGUGCCAAAAAGUAUAGUUUGUAACUGCAAUCUGGUAUUCACAAAUUUUGAUAAUGAGCAAAUACAUGAUUUCAGUUGUGUAGGCUUUUCUUAAAUAUUUCUCAUUUUCAGUGCAGUUUUUCUGACGUGCUAAAAACAUCUCUAAAAGGUAUUUUUGACAAAUGAUUCUAAAGACAUUUGCUAUGAUGGUAAAUUCAGUUAAACAAAGAAAAAACCCAAAUCACAAACUUUCUGUCUAACUCAGCCCAAGGUUGAUACAGUUUUCGUAAAAUUGACUUUGGAAAAUUACAUAGGGAAAUUGAUGAAAGAGUUCAUCAUGUGCUAGUGGCUGUUGGUGCCCUUGCUGGUAUUUAAGAUGUGGGAAAUAAAGCAGAAUAUUUAAUGUCAAGUAACAAUGUCAGAACUUUUGCAGCUAAGUAACUAUUCCAUCUCCAAUGUAUUAAAGGAUUUUGGUUUUACAUA